UCCGUCCGUCGCUUCCUCUCUCUCUACUUGUCCCCUCUCGCGUCCGCUCCACUACUCCCCUCUUCCCCUCUCUUCCACCUCUCGAGCUCUCGCCCCAACGAGAUUUCCUCUUUUUCGGGAGGAUUUUCCUCUACCCGGAUCCGGUUGCUGGUGCCAUAGAUCGACGCGCCGUCUUCUCCUGAUCGCGGUGGUGUUUUUUUUUUUUGUUUUGGAUUUCCGGUGCUGGGAGUGGAGAGAUUCGCUCGGAUUGGAUCUGUGUGUGCUGAUCCGUGUGGGUGGUGGAUCUGACGGAGAAUCGGAGGAGAGGAAGAGGAGAGUCUGGUUGGUUGGUGGAGACGACGAUUUCUGUGGAGGAUUCGACUUGCGCAUCGGCUGUAGAUCUGGAAGGGCUUUGGGUGACCUACUGCUCCAAGCUGCCUAAGUUAUAUCGCGAAGUGUCGAGCUUUCACGCCCACCGCAAUCAUCAUCACCAUCGCCGACGAUGGAGGGUCUUGUGGUUAUCUCACAGCAGCGCAACCACCAUAACCAACACUCUGGUGGCCGAGGCAAGAUGACGGGGCCUCACUUCUCAUCGCCGCCGUCCUCCCAUGGCUUCCGUGGCAUGAACUGCCGGUCUUUCCAUUCCGGUGUAUGUGCUGGCCUCCUGCCCUCCCCACCACCUCCGCCUGCUCGCACGUACUCAUCACCAGAGCCUAAGACACCAAAGCAGCAGCAACAGCUGCAGCGCCGUGGUGGCAAGCGUAGCCGGCCCAUCUCAAUAAGCCCUUCAACUUCUCCUCCAUCCCGCCCUGAGCUGUGGGCGGGCCCAGCAUUCUCCAAUUCACCACCUCCUAGUUCGCUCCCAAUCCCCAAGUUCUCUCUGCGACAGAACCGCAGCAUCUCACUUGAAUUGCCACUAUUUGAGCGGUCUGAUGAAGUGGAGGUGAAGCCGCAUGCUAAAUCGGCUCCUUCCUCGCCGGUGGGUGGAUCAGGGUUUGACUUCUUCAAUGAUAAUGAAACUGCUGUUGCGACGGAGAAUCUUAGGAGGAUUCUCCAUCUGGAUAUUUCCGAUCAUUGAAUGAUGGGAGGAUGGAAGGGUAGUGUCUGUGUACAUAGGUUAUCAUCCACUGACUUUAGUUGUUCACAUGCAUAGUAGUGUAUAGAGUAAUGAGAAUAAUAAGUUAGGUAGUACUGUAUGGUCAAGGUUAUGGUGGAGGUGGAGUUUUGUAGGUGAAGCAUCUUCUGAAAGUUGGGUAGUGAAAACUGUCAUAUGUAGGUGUUGUUAAGGUGGACAGUGGGGUAAGGAUAGGGUGGAUGGCAGUUGACAUACCUUCAUAGCUUGGGCUCACCUAUGAUGUUUUAGGUGUAGUAUAAAAUCUUAUUUGCAUCCAUGGCACCUGUGAUGAACUGACAGUGGCACUCUGCCAGUGCAGAAACAUCUGCGGUUAGUUCAUUUCAGGUAGAAUAGCAUAGUCUGGCAGCUUGUUAACGAUAGCAUACAUUCUAGUAUCUUAGACCCCAAUCAGAUGUUAAAUAGUUCUAGGGAAACUACUUUUCUUGCAUUUCUUUGCAUAUAUAUAACCUCCUAGCUAACUGAUUCUCACCCUUCAACCAUCCUGACCUCCCUGGUGCUCUGCAAAGAACACCAAUAUAUCUCCUCACUGGCUCUUCUGCUUUUUGGAAGGAAGAAGCUGGGUGGAAGAUGGAAGCUGUCCCCUCUCUUGCUCCCUUCUAUGUCAAUACUAACUUUUUCCCAGUUUGCUGCAUAUCUAUCAUGACAUGUUCUCUCCACCUUCAUUCAUUCUAGAUUCAUCUCAUGUCUCUUCACAAGUUGCAUUUAGUACCAACCUAUAUUCAAAUCAUCAUACACCCUCCGAAUCCCUUUCCGCUUUCAUGAGCUCUAGUUUUCUACUUCUCUUCAAGCCUCGAUGGUCUUGAGGAACAAAGUUAGACAAUGAUGUCUGCGGAACAUGCAAGUCCCAAUAUGGUUGGCUUUGCUGUUCAUAUUUACCCUAUGUGAAGACUUGGAAGUUACCUGUCUUAGUUCCUGCUACAUUACUAUGUUUGCCACCUAGCAGUCAAGAAGCACUUUGCUGGAGUAUUAGUUCUGUCAAUUGUAAUUCCAAUCUUAGAUGGCUGUCCAUGUUGAUGUUCUGGUGUAAAUCAGCAGGCAUAGUGUUAACAAAUAAUGUUACUAUCCCAUUAAUCAGAACUAUAUAAUAUUAUUAUGUUUUAUAUUACAACUAAAUGCCAUUGAUAGCCAAUUUUUUAUUAUAUUCUAAUUUCUCAA